AUGGUACUCCGUAUACGGCUACAGCGCUUCGGCCAAAAGAAGGUGCCCUUCUAUCACAUCGUCUGCUGCAAGGCCCGCACAGGCAGGCAAUCUAAACCUCUCGAGAAGCUAGGCACCUACAACCCAAUCCCCAAAGACGGCAUCAAAGAUGUCAAUAUCAACUUUGAGCGCGCAAAGUAUUGGAUUGGCGUUGGAGCGCAACCGAGUGAUACGUGUGCGAAGUUACUUGAAAAGGCGGAUUUAUUGAAACGGCCACCG